GUUGCUGUUGCUGUUGAGGCAGCUGAGUAGUCUCAUGGUCGGUCGUACACAUGCCACAAAAACACUAAUAGUCGUCUUUAAAACAGGUUUUUAGUUUUGAACUAAAGAUGUCUUGGUUCAAAGCCGUGUCGUACAGUGGCGACGAUGUCUUCGACGAGAGUGGGGACGACCUCAGUCUUCAGAGGAAAGAGUGGAUCUCCAACAUGAAGAAGCGAGUCAGGGACGGUUUUGUAGACGGGAUUGAUGCCGGGGAGGAGGCCGCACUUCAGGUCGGGUUCAACCUGGGCUUCAGGGAAGGAGCUGCUCAGACUGUGGCUGUGGGUCGCCUUAAAGGAAUCGUAAGUGCUGUAUGGUGCUGGUGCCAGAUCGGGCAUCCGGAAAAGCCUGUCCCAGCCAGUGUGACUGAGCUCCUGCUACAGGUUUCACAGUAUGAAGACAAAAUGACAGACGGCAUCAGGAAGGCUUUUGAGAAUCCUCCUCCCAGUGUGAGCGACGUCUCCGAGAGCAUGGAGGACCUGGUGGUGGAGCAGGCAGAUCAGGGCUGUUGUGGAGGGGGAUGUGAAAAGACAGGCUGCUGCAGGAAAGAAGAAAAAAUGGACCUGGAUGUUUCUCACCAGCCACAAAAGCCCUGUUCAGGGUCCACUGACUGCUCGUCCAUCUCAGGUGAAGGUCUUACCCUCCUCCUCCAACACACCGUGGAUGUAGUGUCAGAGCUCGGACUGCCACAGGAGCUGAUCAGUCACAUACUGGAGCUGAAGAACAUGAAGUGACUUAAGAUCAGGGACCAAAAUCACAGCAGGUUCAAAGGAUGACAAUACUUGAAUGGGCACAUAAACUAUGAAACAAAACAGAUUACAAGUGUAAAUUUCUUACACAUUGCAAUGAAGUAUUUUUGAUGUAUAUAAUGUAAAAUAUGAUUUUACAUCUUGUUUUUUUUUUUAAAUAAA